GGCAGGCCCUGGCCACAGCUGGGAAGUCCCAGCUGCUGGUCCCCGGCUCUGGCUGCCCCAGAGGCCUCCCUGCCUCGGCCGGCUCCGCAGGCCCCUCGCGGCAGCCUGUUCUGGUGGCCGUGUCCUGCCAAGGCGCAGCGUCUACCUACUCAGCAGGGGCCUCAGCUCAGAGUCCAGGCCGGAGUGCCAGCUAAUCACAGUGGCCGCACACAGAAGCAGGAAGCGGACAGACAGACGGACCGACGGGCCGUGGAGACGCACAUGCACGCACAGACAGCCGCACAGACUCCUGGAGGGAGGACCCUCGCAGGCCUGAGGCACAGACGCUCUAGAUCAGGGGCACACGCAGGGAGACACACUUGGACCCACACACAGGUGCAGAGCCCGUACACACACAGAUCAUGGAAGGCUUCCUGGGGGAGGAGCCACUUGUUCUGAGCCUUGAAGGAGCUGGCAGCUGGAGAAGGUGGAGGCUUCCCGGGAAACCUUCGAAUCUGGCCCCACUCCCGGCAUCUGGGGGCCGCCCCCACCUUGGGCCCCUCUGCCUGGCGAAAGUGUUCCUUGGACAGCAACCCCGACUGGAUGGCUCUGGGGAGCCAGAGUCCGGCCUCCGCCCCCAGGGUGCAGACAGACCUGGGCUGGGCGAGGCUCCCCACCUCUGAGCAGUGUGGCUGAAGGGCUGGGCGCCUCCCGGGCCUCCUCUUCAUCCCCAGCUCUCCUGUUGCCGAGAUGCCGACACCUCAGACGCUGAGCCCCGGGCCGGAGCCGCACGGCCCCAAGGAGCCUGUGGAGCCGCAGACCCCAGUGAAAGGCACACGGCGCGCAAGCAGCGGGGAGGCACCCAGCACCCACCGUGAGGACUCCAUACCCGGCCUGGGCACCAUCCGGCGGGCUUUUUCUCGGGUGGGCCAGCGGGCCUCCAGCCGGGCCUUGGGCCAGGCCUCGGAGGUGGACCCAGGCCUGCUCCGACGCAGCUCCCGCUUCCUGUUCCGGUCCUUGCGGCGCCCGCUGGACGGUAGUCCAGCCGCUGACCACUGCCAGGGCGCCGCUGUGCCAGGAGCAGGCCACGGGCCGGAGGCGCCCUCUGCAGUUACCGAUGGUGUCAGCCGGCAGCUGUCCCCCAAGGCGGUACCUGAAGAACUGGAACCUGAGGCAGGCAAAUCCGUGGCCGACCUCAUCACCGAGUGGCAGCUGCUGGCGGCCUUCAGACAGCUGCAGCACCUGGAGACUCAGCUAGUGGAGGAGAAAGCCUCGCACAUCUUUGAGCAGGACCCCACGGGCUUCGCGCGGCGCGCCAUGGACGUGUGCCUGCACUACGACGCACUGGGCGCCGAGAUCGGCACCAUCGUGCGCGAGACGCUGGGCCCCGGGGGCGUGGACCCCACCGUGCUGGCGGAGCUGGCCCACGUGGUGCGCGCCGAGGAGGAGGCCCACCCCCGGUCCCCUGCCGACGGAGACUUCCUUCGCACGCCCCGCCGCUGGCGCCAGCAAUGGGAGGACGCGGUGCGGCGGAGCGCGCAGGAGCGCGUGCAGCAGGUGGGCGUCGGAGAGGCCUCGGAGGUCGCGGAGGGUGCGUCGGACCUGGCCAGACUCCUGGCGGAGCUUGGCAGCUUGGUUCGCCGCGACCUGCAGAAGGUGCAGCUGGAGGUGCAGCCCGUUUACGCGGCCGCCGGUUUCCCGGCGUGGGAGACCUACCGGCGCGCCUACCACGACGCGGUGGCCCAGCGCCUCCAGGAGCUGGCGCAGGAGGCCCGCGGCUGCGAGCAGCUCUACACCCUGCUGGACUGGGCCGCCAAUGUCUACGGCGGUCCGGAUUUCCUGGAUGCCCCGGACCUGACUCUGUCCACGGAGCCGCUGCCCCCACUCCUGGCACCCGAUGUGUGGGCCCAACUGGAGAGCGACUACACCAGCUUCCUAGAGACCAAGAUCUCCAGCUGCUUCGACCGCAUCCUGCAGCUGGAGCAGAGCCUCUGGGCCGCCGCGGAGGCCCCGGAAGUGCUGAAGGGCCAUUACCACACCCCGCUGUCCAUCGAUGUCCACAUGCUGGUGGCAGAGCACGUGAAGGCGGCGGGAGCCAUCUCCCCGGAGCUGGAGGCCACCACCUUGCGGAUCUGCGCGCGGGAGCUCGGCCUCUUCGUGCGCAGGUUUGAAAAGGCUUUUCUGGAGUCGGAGGCGGUGACGGAGCCGCUCCUGGGCGCCCACAUCAACGCCUGCGAGGAGCUCAGGACCAGUCUGCUGGCCAGGUACCCAGGAGCCUUUGCGGAGCUGGAGAAGCCCCUGGCAGCUGCCACCUGUGCCUUCCAGAAGCGGCUGCUUCAGGGUUUGCAGCGUGACAUACAGCCACUCUUCAGGGUCCUGUGCACCAAGGCCUGGCUGACGCAGGACGUGCUGCAGCCCCUCAUGGACAAGGUGGUGGCUUUUGCCCACCACCUGGAGCACGUGACCCCACUUCGUGCGCAGGAGACGCUGCAGGAAGCGCACCGUUAUGUGGUCCGCGAGUACAUGGCACAGGUGCUGAGGCCACUCGAGCGGUUCCGGGGUGCUGAGCGCAGGGUCGGCUCCCAGAAGAUGGGCCUGGACGCCCAGGCCAUCGGCGACACCUUCCAGGGCUUGGGAUCGGAGGCCACGUGGCUGGACCAAGCAAUCCCAUGCGUGGCAAACAUCCUGGGCGAGACCGACAAAGACGGCAUCCAGCAGCAUCUGGAGGUGCUGGUCCGGAACUACCCCGACAUCAGGCGUGACCACGUGCUGGCCAUUCUGGCCCUGCGCCGCCUGGGCCGUCAUCGGAACCAGCGCCUCUUGCAGCACGCCCAGGACCUGCUGCGGGCCGCGGCCAAAGCCAGGGCCAAAGCUGGGGCCUCGGGGACCUCUGGGGGCCACGUGCUCUUCGAGGAGAUCGAGGUGCCCACCUCUGUGGACGUGCUCCUCGCCUGCAUCUAGGGCUCCUGCACCUGAGGGGGCUGGCCUCAGGAGGGGGCCGCAGCGGGCGCAGGGCCUGCCACCGGCCCCCGGGCACCGAGGCCCAAGCCAGGAGUCUGGGAGGUGCUCUCCAUCCGCCCUGCCCCCGGCCUGACGCUCGGAGUCAUGGAAUUUUCCUCCUCAGCCAAGUGGGGCUGCAGGGCCAGAAGGAAGAGCAAUGACAGAAGCAUCCCAGGCAUCUGCGGGGGAGCGCCGGGGGCUGGCCAGAGGCUCCCUCCGCGCUGCCCGCCGGAGAAGGCCUCCCCGCCCACCUGCCCGGCACCACCGCCGGUCGGGAGGUGAAGGGCAGAGUAUUUAAAAAUAAGCGUGAAUGUAAAUGGUGCCCCCCUCAGGAGGGGCAGGGCCAAGCUGGCCGGGAGCAGGGGGCUGGGCUGGAAGGGUCUGUGGCAACCCCACUGGGUGCCGGCCCUUUCCUGCCCGUGGUACCAGUGGGGAGGCUGAGGCAGGCCCACGGCUGGGAAGGCCCGCCCCUGUGGCUACCGAGCAAAGCAGGCUUGGACCCUGCGGUUCCGAGCCCACUGGCCUCGUGUGUCGAGCGAGCCUCGCCCUGCAGGGACGGGCACUGCUCUGCCCCGUCCUAAGCAGGCCGGGGCCCCCAAGGGACAAGACAACGGCAAGGCUUGCUCUGCAGCAUGAGGUAUUUGGGUGAGAUGUGGGAGGGACUUCCCAGCUGUGGGGAUGCUGCUGCACAUGUGAACCCCACUGGGGGGGGCGGGGGGAGGCUGGGCCUGGAGGUCUCAGCCCUGGAGGUGGGGCUGCAGGGCGCUGGCUCCAGUGUGCGCCUGCACCCCCCCCCCACCCAUCCUUCUCACAAAGAGCUGGCACUGAAGUUCCCCCCGGCCUUCAGGCCGGGCCAGGCGGCUGGGAAACCCCUGGGCUUCGGGAAUCUGGGGCUCGGCAGGGGGCUGGGCGCCGAGAUGAGGGGUUACAAGGAGGAACCGAGACAGGCAGCGGCAGGCGCCUCCCCGACACCCCUCUGCGGAGGCCCCCACUUGUCCUUCUGGGCCUGGCCCCGACCCUGGCAGAGCUGGGGAGCAGGCAACUGCGGGGGCCGGGGUUCCAAGAGCCCGGCGAGGUGGAUCUCCCCUGCACAGGGCGAGCGUCCUGAAAGGCUGCCGGGCUGGCCAGGUGGGGGACCUGUGUCUCCCAGCGCCCCCCCGGGCCACCUCGCUGCGCCCACAGGAGGCCCCGUCCGAUCCCCUCAGCCAGGGCUGGAAUGCAGAGCCAGGGCUGGGUCGGUCCUGUCGGGGCCCCAGGAGUACGGGGGUCCCGUCGGGGCCCCAGGAGUAGGGGUGGGAGCAGGUUCGGGGCUGCUCCCUCCACGGGCACCCAGGGGCUAGAGGUUGGUGGCGGAGGAAGAGAGGGAGCACCCAGAGCUCCCAGAGUGGGGAACCUGGCAGGGUGGGUGGGGCAGGAAUGAGGAAGAGGAGCGGCCGUGGUUCCCGGGCUCCAGGAUUGCAGUGGGGGUGGGGCGCAGGUGAGCCGCCGCCGACAGGCAGCCCUGCGUCAGUGGGACACUGGGGCGCUUGCAGAGCAGGAGGUUGGCCCUGCCUCGCACCAGGGUCCCCCGCAGGCACACGCAGGUGGCCCGGGCUCUUCAGCCACGGAGGGGCGGUGUCAGCGGGGCCCCUCUUCCACCAGAGAAGGCAGGGACUGUCCUGUCUCCCGGCCUCAACGCCCCAGUGCCGUGCGGCGAGCGGCGGUCAGCGCUCCCUCCGUGCCUGUGCAGCCUCUCCCUCUUCCUUCCUGGCCUGUGACCCAGGCUCCUCCCUUCCUGGCCCUGGACCUCACGGGCCCCCCGGGCUUGGGGACAGCCCUCUCAGCAGGAUUCAGUACUCGAAGGGCCCCUCACCACUGACCAGGAGGGGGGAGGGGGCUGCUUGGUCCCCAAUCUCACUUCCUUCCUUUGCCACCACAGCGUCCCUCUGGGGACCGCAGCAGAGCGGAGGGCCCCCGCCAGGGUCAGCAUCUGUCCAGCAUCCAUGCUGAGGCCUGCGGGGAGGCCCGGGGGCGGGGUCUCUGCCUGCGUGCUGCCCUCCCCCAGCCAGUCUGUGUGGAGUGCUGGGCCGGGGGGCCGUGCUGGGCUCCGGGGCAAGCUGGGGCGGGGCUGCGGGGCUGGGCUAUCAUCGAGUCCCACGAGGCCAGCUGCCCAUGCACCCACACAUGUGUUCGCAGCCUGUGAAGGGCUAAACGGUCUCUUUGGGAACGCUGACCAUCUGUGGAUAGUGACUCAUUCACUUAGUUCAACAUUAAAAAGGCACAAAAAGGGCACGAGGUGAAAAGCCUCCUCGCUUCCCUCUCCGCUGCGUCCUUCCCGGAGCCACCAAGUUCCUUCCUCCCAGGCCGGCCGGGCCGGUUGAAAGCGGGGCUCACCCGCAGAAAACGGGUGGUGGAGCUCGGGCGAAGAGCCCGCGUUCGCUGCGGCGGCUGGGUCAAGGGGGGGCAGCCCUUCUCGAACCCUGUCAGAAUGAAGCCCCCCAGACAGGAUCUUAGGGUCCGAGGAAAGAGGGAUGAAGUGAGCAAUCCCACCGUCUCGGCCGCCUCCCCCGGCCCCCCCAUCCAGGUCCCGCUGGGUGUGUCGGCUUUCUUCCCUUCCCGGAUGAGCUGCUGGGUUUUCUGGGUUCCGACACCUCCGGGCUGGGGUGCCAGCUCUGCGCCUCCCGAGCUGUGUGACUUUGGGCAAGUUACUCC